AUGAAUAGCUUAAGAAGUUAAUAAAGAAUAUACGAGUGUCCACUUCUAAGUUACAAAGAAUUUAGUCCCAGACUCAAGGGGCCCUUUUAUUAUCAAAGCUUGCAUAGUGAAUCAAAAAAGUUACUCUCGCCGUUUGGGAGUUAAACAAAAAGCACGGAUCAAAAAUUUGCUAUUCAUCUCAAACCCAUUUUGAUCCCAGAUUUAAUGGGUAGGAGUUAAAUUCAAUGUUUGAAAAUAAGAUGUCCACUUAUUCAGAGGAGUCUUAGAUCUUAAAGUUCAAACGAAUAAGUAUAUGGAUAAUAUGGGAGCAAGUGGAAAAGAUUGAUUUCAUAAGGGAAGUUUAGUGUGAAACAAAUUCGACAUUAAAAAAUAAUUUAUAGAUUCAAGAUAUAUGUAAGAGCAGUUUAACUAAUGUUAACAUAUUUUAAAUUUAAAAGGGCUAGAUAAUCCAAUAUGAAAAGUAGCAAAAGAUUAUCAAAGGCCAGAAUCUCUAUUGUUAAUAUAAGAAAAUAAUCUGGUCAGUCAACUUUAAUCCCCCUUAUUUAGUAAUAUCAAGCAGAACUGUUAUAAAUGCAAAAUCAAAUAUUGAAUGUAUCUAGUUCAGAUGUACAUAGUCCACAAUCUCUGUGCUUAAAACGAAAAUAAAAAACACUUUCUUAAAUAAGUUUCGAUCAUUUUCUUAAAAGACCCAUCUAGCAAUUUAUAAAAAACAAGAAUCUUUCUUCAAUUUCAGAUCAUAAAUCAACCUAACCUACUAAAAGAACUUGUAAGACUGAAUAAAGUCACAAAAGAUUUGCAAGUAUUAGAUAAUUGCAUCGCAAACUUCAGAUGAGUUAGGCUUAUUCAGCUUAAUAAUGA